UUGGCUCCCACAGGGACAAAACCCCUUCGACCUGGAGUUUGACCAGUCCAACCACCUGGAGCCCGUUUUCAACUUCGAGUGCCCGCCCCGUCCCGACAUGCCUUCAAGUCAACCCAUCGACAUCCCUGAUGCCAAGAAGAGGAACAAGAAGAAGAAGCGCUGCAGGGCCACCGACAGCUUCUCGGGCAGGUUUGAGGAUGUUUACCAGCUGCAGGAGGAGGUGCUGGGAGAGGGGGCCCACGCCAGAGUCCAGUCCUGCGUGAACCUCAUCACCAACAAGGAGUACGCGGUGAAGGUAAAGCUCUGCCUCCCUCCCACCCCCGCCCCAGCUUCCCUUUCUGUCCCCCCCAGGCUGGAGCUCUCCCAGCUCCCAGAACCAUCCGGUGCUGGCACAGGACGACUUUUUCCUGGAGAGGGGCAGGGCUGGGCUGUGCAGCUCUGGCAGAACCCUCCCAGCCCCCUCUGCCCUUGGUGCCCACCCUUUGGGCUCACCUGCCUGUCCCCACAGUGUGGCUCAGCCGAGUACAUGGCCCCAGAGGUGGUGGAGGCCUUCAACGAGGAGGCCACGAUCUACGACAAGCGCUGUGACCUGUGGAGCCUGGGGGUCAUCCUGUACAUCAUGUUGAGUGGGUACCCCCCCUUUGUGGGCCACUGCGGCUCCGACUGCGGCUGGGACCGGGGCGAGGCCUGUCACACCUGCCAGAACAUGCUCUUUGAGAGCAUCCAGGAGGGGAAGUAUGAGUUUCCCGACAAGGACUGGGCACACAUCUCCUUCGGAGCCAAAGACCUCAUUUCCAAGCUGCUGGUGAGAGAUGCCAAGAAGAGGCUCAGCGCAGCCCAGGUCCUGGAGCACCCCUGGGUGCAGGGGUGUGCCCCGGACAACACCCUGCCAACCCCCAUCAUCCUGCAGAGGAACAGCAGUGCCAAAGAGCUCACCUGCUUCGCCGCCGAGGCCAUCGCUGUCAACCGCCAGCUGACGCGGCACGACGAGGACGAGGAGGAAGAGGCGGAGGAGGAAGCACGACCCAUCAUCAUCAAAGCUACCUCACGGGCCAUGCAGCUCUCCCCCCCCUCCGAGUCCAAGCUGGCCAAGCGCCGGCAGAAGAGCAGCCUGGCCAAGGCAGUGGCCGCCGGGCAGCACCUGGUGGCCCCGCUGGUCCUGGUGGCCGACCAAGCCUGAGCGGUGCCCCCUGCACCUGCUGGACCCCAUAUCCCCCCUUCUCCUUUCUUUCUUCCCCCCUUUCCCCCCCACCCAACCUCACCAUUUCCGGCUAGUGACAAGAUCAGGACUCGUCCCUGUGGCUGGUUUCCAAGGUUUUGCUGAUCUUGUAGGUCUGGGGGUGGGAGGGUUUGUUUAAGAUAUCUUUUUUUUUUUUAAGGUAUUAACUCAAGCGUGAGGUUGCUUCACCCAGGGCACACUCAAGGACAUCUGACAGACACAUGGACUUUUGUUCCCCGACUCUUGGUUUCUCCUCUGACAUUUCCCCCCCUCCCCGACACCAAAGGACUCUUUGUACCCGCGGCUGCUUUGACGAUUUCAGCUCAUUUCAUACUGUGAACAAAAGACCCUCGGUCGCGUUUCCAACAACGGGAGUCGCAUUUUAACCUCGUCCCUCCCCCCGGAGCUGCAGGUUUUUCUCCGAUGUUGGGGUAGAUCCCAUCAAACCCCCCUUUCCCGGGGGUCUGGGAGGCACCUCCGUCCCGUGCUGGGGGCUUCCCUGGCUCUGCUCCGGGGGGACACGGUGGGUGUUGUGCAGGGAACCGCUCAGGCCGGGGGGAGAUGGUGCCAGCGAGGGAGCAGUGCCCUGUCCCACCGAGCCACCCUCUCUCCUUGGCAUCCCAGAAUAAGCUAUUCACCCCCUUCUUUUCUUUCUUUUUCCUUUUUUUUAUUUUUUUUAUGAUUGUUGGUUUUAAACUGCUAGCUGUGCUUCUCUACAGGGCACAGAGAAAUGUCUUCCUUUCCUCCCUCC